AUGAAAAACACGAAAAUUUUGGGAGGCGACAAGAUUGAUUGCUGUUCCUACGGAGGCAAAUUAUUGGAGUCGGGUCCAAUUCCUGAUGAUUCGGGAGCAAACGCUCCAUUUGAUGCCGCAAAAGAAAUCAUGUAUUUGAAAGAACUUUUGAAGCAAAAAGAUCUUGUUAUCGAGAAUCAAGCCAUAGCAAUUACCGCUCUAAAAGAACAGUUGAGCCUACUAAAAAGCAGCAGACUCUUUGAAGAGCAAACUCUGGAUUCUGCAAAUAGGGCUAAAUCAUCACAGACAGAUCCAAUUAAGCAAAACGCCCCCAAGUCGGAACACCUGAAUAAAUUUACAAAUAAAGAACUGUCUAGUGCAGUCAGUGAGGCUGUGUCACGUCAGAUAUGCUCUGAAAUAAUAGAACUGGAUGCGAUAACUCUAAAUGAACACUUCGAGUUGCUGAACGAAAAAAUCAGUUUUCACAUUACUAAACUGCAUCCGAAUACCAAAGUUGAGGAAGUCCAACAAUAUCUAGCACCGAUAGUUAGUGGAGUAGAAGUGUUCCAGGUCCCAUCAAUGUAUCCUGAGAGUUACUCCUCGUUUAGGGUAUUGGCCAUGGAUCACGAAGCGCAAAAAAUUCUGGAUACUUCCAUCUGGCCAACGGUAUCAACAGAGAGACAGACGUCUAGUGAGGCAGAAUCCCGACCCAAGACCAACGAUGGAGAAUUUGUGAGCAGGGUGGUCCAGGGGUAUGAUGAUGGUGAGAUUUCGAAGGCCCUGUUGUAUGAUCUUACGAAGGCUUUUGACUGUGUUGACUACGUCGUACUAUUGAAUAAAUUAGAGUUUUACGGCGUCAGGGGUAACCCUCUACAAUUAAUACAGUCAUAUCUAGACAGCAGGUUUCAGUACGUUGAGAGUGGCGGCGUGUCAAGCGAUAGCGUUCUCCCAGUAGUCUCCGGCGUGCCUCAGUGCUCGGUACUGGGGCCUCUGCUCUUCAUUAUUUACAUAAAUGAUCUGCCGCUGUCCAUACCCAAUGCAAACGUGACCCAGUUCGCAGAUGACACUGCCGUUCUUUCAAAGGCUAGGAAUCAUAAAAUGCUUACUGAAAACGUUGAUGAGACUAUCAAUUUGUUAACAAGCUAUUACGUGAUCCAGCUUAGAAGGCACCAAUAA